CAACCCCACGAAAAAUGGAGCUGAUUUACAACGUUCGGUAUCGACAAGCACAACCCUACAACUACUCGAGACUUUUCUCUUAUGAUGAUGAGGGAAAAUGUCAGGGCGUCGCCUGUAAAUGGCCGAAGAUGCCUGGUGCCACAAAAGAGCUUGUCAAAUGGGCGCCCGAGAUUUUUGAGAAAGUUCCUCAGCACUUUCUUGACAACUUCAAGAAUCCAUGUUGGGUGCGGGACGGCGCGGAACUCAACUGUCUUCCGUAUUUCUACGUGAUUGGUAUGUACAAAUGCGGGACGACCGACAUCUGGACGAAGAUCGUUGACCAUCCCGAUUGCGUUGACGUUCCCAAAGAGCCCCACUGGUGGGGCCUCGUCGCCUUGGCUUCACAGGAACACCCUGUCACGUGCAAGAAGUGUUGAAUUUGCGUAAUAUAACAGGAGGUGUUGAUGACAGCUCUCUAGAAUUCUAUCUAAAUCUAUACAAGUCUACUGGAAUUCCGAUCCUUAUCAACAAUACAGCUACGAGACAAGGGAUAACUUACCAUCCGAAGGUUUUCGGUGAUGCGUCGAUCUCAACAGCCUACGCUAUCGGUCGGGAUUGGACGAAGACUUACCCGAACGCUUCCGAGCCCAUGUUUACCAACGCCGAUCUCAUCCGAGCUGUACAACCCAAUGCCAAGAUUAUCCUCAUGGUUAGGGAUCCGACA